AUGAAUCAGGACCAAAUUAGAAAAAUUUAUGAUUUAAUUCAAAAAGGACAAUUCCAAACAGCUGUUAAACAAUCUAACAAUCUUUUGAAUCGUAUUAAAUUAAAAGUUAAAGAUGGAAAUGAUAAUUCUUUAUUACAAGAAGUUAUUCUUCAAUUAAUUUCAUUAAGAGGACUUUCUUAUUCACGUAUUGGAAAUGUUAUAUUGGCUGAAGAUGAUAUUAAUAAAGUAAUGAAAAUAAAACCUUUAAAUGAGGAAAUUAUUAUAAUAAUCUGGCACUAUUAUGUAAUGAAUGGAAGUCUUUUAAGCAACAAUGAUAAACUUAAAGAAUUAGCAAAUUAUUUAUAUGAUGCCUCUUCAAUAAAUAUUUUAUCAGAGCAAUUUGAAACAGAUAUUUUAUCUUUAUUAUAUUAUUUAAAAGAAUUUAAUAUAAUGAAAACAAUCUGUAAUAAAUAUCUGAAAAGAAAUAAGAAUUCAUAUUUUUUAGCUUUAAAUAUUUUAAUAUCAUUUUCAAUAUUACAAAAUGAAUUAUAUAGUAACCAAAAUAAUAAUGAUAAUCAUUUAAAUAUUAAUAAAAAAGAAGAUGCACUUUUAUUAUUACUUGUUAAUAAAUAUUUAAGUGAAAAUAAUAACCAAAAAAUUGAUAAUUUAAAACUUUAUAAAAGAAGAAUUAUAUCAAUGAUUUAUUUAAUUAAAUUAUAUGUUUUCAGACAAAAUAAUGAUAUUAAGAAUUAUUUUGACUGUAUUAAUGAAUUAAUCAUCUUUAUGAAUAAUCUUUAUCCAUGUAUUAAUAAUGAAAAGAUUUUAAUUUUAAAGAAUUUAAUGAUUUUACAAAAUUUUGAAUAUUCUUUAAUUAAUAAUAACCAAGAAAAUUAUUAUUUAAUUAAUUGUAAAAAUACCCUUGUUGAUUUAAUUAAAAAUUUUGAUAAUAAUUCAGAUUUAGAUUGGGAUAAUAUUAGAAUUAUUAAAUUAUUCAUUGUAAAAAUAUUUCAGGAAAUUUCUAAAUUGAAAAAUACUUUAUAUGAUAAUUUUACCACAAAUAUAAACUCAUCAUUAAAUUUACAAAAUUCUCAAUCAACCCAAAUUACCAAUACUUCUUCAUUUCAAACUCAAUCAACAAUUGCAUCAAUUUAUGGUAAUUUAUCAGGUAAUAUGUGUUUACUGGAAAAUGAUUCUUAUUCAAAUUUACUUGAACAAAUUUUAAUCAUUGUUAAUAUGAAUAGUGAAGAAGAUGAUGAUGAUUAUUAUUAUCAAGGGAAGAAUAGAUUAUCUUUAUUUUUAUUAACUGAAUUAAAAGGAAGAAUAAUUUUACUUGAAUUAUUUGUUGAAUUAUUACAUUGCAUUAAAGUAAAUAGUAUUGAAUCUUCAGAAUAUGAAUAUUUAUAUGAUAAUUUACUUACUCAAGUAAAUAAUGAAAUUAUUAGAUUAAUUAAUUCAAAUAAUGAAAAUAUUGUAGUUGAUUUAAAAUUGGUUUUAUAUUACUAUUUCAAUUCAAAUUUGUAUUAUAAUGAAGAAAAUAUUAUUGUUAUUAUUCUUAAAGAUUUAAUGUUAUUAUUAACAGAAAAUAUUAUGGAAUUGCAUGAAAAUAAGAAUUUGGAUUUGGAUUUUUUUACUUCUAGAAUACAAAUAUUGACUAUAUUUAACCAAAUUAUUCCAACAAUAAAUAAUAAUAACCAAAAUUUAUUAGAAGAACUUAUGUUAUUAGAUAUAAAUAAGAUUUUGUUGAUAUUAAAAAAAAAUUUAAAUAAGGAUAUUACCAAUUACUUUUCCAAAAAUAAUUCAUUAAAAUUAAGUUAUAUUAGAUUUAUGAUAUCAAUUUCAAUUUAUUGUUUAAGUAUUUCAAAUAAUAAUAUAGAAGAUUCCCAAAUUAAUUCAACUGGAAUUUGUAUUUUUAUUUUAUCAUUUGUUAAUAAUUAUAUUAUUGAAUGUAAAGUAGAUUAUUUGGUUAAUAAUUUACUUUCAGAAAUCCUUCCAAUUUUGGGUUUAUUUUCAAUUUCACAUAAUAUCAGAAAUAAUAUACUUAGAAUUAAAAGAUCUCAAAUAGCAACUUUAAAUGUUUAUGGUAAUUAUCUUGAAAUGAUAUCUUGUCCAUUUAUUGAUUGCAUGAAUAAUUCUAUAAAAAAUUCGGAUUUUAAUUUCAGUAGUUUAUAUUCUUUAAAGAAUAAACCAAUAAAGGAUAAUUCAACUUUGGCAUUUGAUAAUAAUGUUAAAAUUUUAUUUAAUUCAUAUUUCGAUAUUUAUAACGAACUAAGAGAAACUUGUAUAGAAUCUUUAAGAGAGAAUUCUUUUUCUUUGGAUAAUUUAUUUGAAGCUUGCAAGAUUACUCAAGAUAUUUCAAGCAAUUAUACUUUAGAAAUGUUAUUCAGUGUUGAUUUUUUGAAUAGUAUCUUUUCUAUAUUUUUGGUUGCACUUUCAUUAAAAAAAAAUGAUUGUUUGGAUAGUAUCCUAAAUCUGUUUAAUGGAUAUAAACCAAUUAUUAUUCAUUUUAUGGGUGUUAAUAUAGAUAAUAUCAUGGAUAACUUUGAUUCACUUUCAAUAAUUAAGCAAGAUUUAUCUCCAAUAAUUACAUAUUAUACCCCAAUAUAUAAAGUUGAUUAUUCUUUUAAUAUGGUAUCAAAAGAUUUAUUCCCAAAAAGCUUAUUUAAAUAUUCAGAUAAUAUAAAUAUUAUUGAAUUAGAAAAUAUAAUUUCAAUUCCUAAAUUCAAUAUAGAAAUAUUAAAACUUGUUAAUGGUGUUCCAAAAUUGAAAUAUAUUUUAAUUCAAAAAUUAAAGAUUUGGUUUACUCCAUUGUUAUUAUUAAGCAAUUUAACUUCUUCUAAAAAUCAAAUGGACAUCAGUCAGUUCAAUUCAAUUAUUGAUUCUUUAAAAAAUCAUAUAUUUUCAAGUAAAUAUUCUCAUUUAAUUUCUGAAUUUGAUUUGGAACUUUUUAAUAAUAUUAAUCUUCCAUUAAUGAAUUUUCUAUUUAAUAUUAUGAAUAUUAAUACAAACUCAGAUUUAAAUUCAAACUCACUUUCACAUCAAAUCAAUAAAGAUAAUAUUGAACUUUUAAAUAACUUUAUAAAUACUAAAACUUCUGAAUUUUCCAAUAAAAAUAUUAUUCAAAAAAUUGAUAAAAUCAUUGAAAUUAAUGGAAAUAAUCAAUUAACUUAUUGUAUGCUGCAAAAUUUAAUAGAGAGAAUUAAUUGCUUUAUUUUUGGGCCAAGCUUAAUAAUUACAUUAAUACAAUAUUGGCUGAUUUGUAAUUUUUCAAAAAAACAAAUUAAUUCCAUGUAUAAACUUCUAAAUAAUUCACAUAUCAAAAUUAUUCAGGAAAUAUAUGAUCAUUUUAAAGAAUUACUAAACAAUUUCAAUGGAACUGUUGAAAUUAAUGUAUACCAUAAACUUUGCGAUAUGUUUAAUUUGAAUAAUUAUGAUCAUUUAAAAAAUCAAAGCUUUAAUUUAAGUGGUGAAAAAAUGACUAAUUCUCAAUUAGUUACACUUAAAAAUACCUCGAAUAUUUUAGAAUUUAUAAUUAAUAGCUUGAGUAACUCAUUUAAGUGA